UGCCCAAGUGAAGAUGGCUCACGCCCACCCUGGGAUGGAGCCCAGCACCUGAGGUCCUUAUCAUGGUGAUGAUCCUAAGUGAAAGCCUCAGCACCCGGAGAGUGGACUCCAUCACACGCGGGACCUUCAGCCCUGAACUGCACACGCCAAAGAAGAUGAGUCAAGGACCUACACUUUUCUCUUGUGGAAUUAUGGAAAAUGACAGAUGGCGAGACUUGGACAGGAAAUGCCCUCUUCAGAUUGACCAACCGAGCACCAGCAUCUGGGAAUGCCUGCCUGAAAAGGACAGCUCACUGUGGCACCGGGAGGGAGUGACCGCCUGUGCUGUGACCAGUCUGAUCAAAGACCUCAGCAUCAGUGACCACAAUGGGAACCCCUCAGCACCCCCUAGCAAGCGCCAGUGCCGCUCACUGUCCUUCUCCGAUGAGAUGUCCAGCUGCCGGACAUCAUGGAGGCCUUUGGGCUCCAAAGUCUGGACUCCCGUGGAAAAGAGACGCUGCUACAGCGGGGGCAGCGUCCAGCGCUAUUCCAACGGCUUCAGCACCAUGCAGAGGAGCUCCAGCUUCAGCCUCCCUUCGCGGGCCAAUGUGCUCUCCUCCCCCUGUGACCAGGCAGGACUUCACCACCGAUUUGGAGGGCCGAACUGCCAAGGGGUGCCAGGCUCAGCCCCCUGUGGACAGGCAGGUGACACCUGGAGCCCUGACCUGUGCCCCGUGGGAGGGGGCCGGCUGGACCUGCAGCGGUCCCUCUCCUGCUCACACGAGCAGUUUUCCUUUGUGGAAUACUGUCCUCCCUCAGCCAACAGCACACCUGCCUCAACGCCAGAGCUGGCGAGACGCUCCAGUGGCCUUUCCCGCAGCCGCUCCCAGCCGUGUGUCCUUAAUGAUAAGAAAGUCGGUGUUAAAAGGCGGCGCCCUGAAGAAGUUCAAGAGCAGAGGCCUUCUCUAGACCUUGCCAAGAUGGCACAGAACUGUCAGGCCUUCAGCAGCCUUAGCUGCUUGAGCGCAGGGACAGAGGACUGCGGCCCCCAGAACCCCUUCGCCUGCCACGUCAGCACCAGCAGGGCCUGGACUGCCCUGCUCUCAGCCUCCGGCCCAGGGGGCAGGACCCCUGCUGGGACCCCAGUCCCAGAGCCUCUUCCCCCUUCCUUCGACGACCACCUCACCUGCCAGGAGGACCUGUCCUGUGAGGAGUCAGAUGGCUGCGCCCUGGAUGAGGAUUGCGGCAGGAGAGUGGAGCCGGCCACAGCCUGGAGGGACCACGGGGUCCCUGGGAACAGCCUCUGCUCCCUGGACGGCGAGCUGGACAUCGAGCAGAUAGAGAAGAACUGAGGGGUGCAGGCCCAGGUAGGGCUGGGUGUGCUGGAAUCCACAGCCCUCCCUCUGGGCACUAGGUGGGCCCUCGAAGGGGAGCCCAACUCUUGGGCCUGAUGAAAGCUUCCUGAGCGGUGUUGGGUCCCAGAGAGGGAGCUCACCCGCUGCCUGGGGGAGAGCCUGGCCUGGCCACACCACAGCCGGGUGUUAGCUUCUCGCUGGCUCCCCGAGCGUGGCAGCCACCAGGUCCUCGGAACUACCGCAGCCCAGGGAGCAGCUUUGGAGUCUGGGUCUUUUCUGCCUUUUUCCUAAUGGGAUGUUGGGCAGUCUGUUGUUCCCAGCAGAGCUGGGUGCCGCUCUGGAUCCCCCUGGUGGGGGCGGUCAGGGAGGGCCUGAGGUGGGGGCUGGGGGCCAUCUGCUGUGCCAGGGUCCUUCAUGGCCUCGCUCAGGUUCACUUUUGGGGAGUUGGCCCCACAGCUUCUUUCACUCAGUUCUAUUCCGUGCCUUCUCUCCCGGGGCUCCCUGCUUCAGGCUUGGGAAGGUUCGGGAGAUGCUUCUUUCUGUAACACCAGAACCAUUUGGCCUUAAUUCCAAGUGUGAGAGACAGAAUCCGGGGGUACUGGACUGGCCCCCCCCAGAGGGUGAGCCUGUGUCCAGAGUCUCAGGCCCAAGGAGCAGCUUGGAGGGUGCUUGUUAGGGGCCUUCCCCGCUGGGUGGAAAUUGGGUGGAUCUGUUGGCUGAAAAGACAGACUCACUGUGCCUCCUGCAGCUGGAGAGCCGGGCCCUGUGGUUCCGCCACCGUUGAGGCAGGUUAGCAGAUGGCAGCCCUUCUCUGUGGCUAGCUGGUCACUGAGUGAUCAACGUGGUUGAUUCUGGUGAGGGUAGGGAUGACGUGAUACCAGGGGGUAUCUCCUAAAAAUGACCUUGGGAGACAGGAGCUGCGAGCGGGUGCACAGGAGUGGGGGGCAUCCACUGGCUGCUCGCAGGGGCCCCUGCAGGAUUCCCAGCACCUCCCAUUUGUUCUUGAGGACUGAUGGCUGUAACCAGGGUGUACCACCCACCCCAAGACAAGCCCACACACUUGUCAGCUUAGGGGGAGCCCAGUCUGAAGGCUGUGUCUCUGCCGUAGGCCCAGCCAUGGGCACAAAGCUGGAUUCAUACUCCCUGCCCCACCCCUCUCCCGUCCUGGCUCCCUACCCGGGGCCUCCAAGGAGCCUGGGCCCCUGAGGGUUUGCUCUUGGGCAGCUCCUCUCCCCUGCCAUGCAGACACCAUCACAUGGGAAUCUGGCUUUUAGCGAACUCGGCGUCUUCCACAGACAAUAGCAAUUGGGCUGGCUUAGGAACAAGUGGCUCAUUUUCCCAUAAGGCUAAAAAUGAUUGGCGCGCUCCUUGCGUUGGCUGACACGCGGUAAAAGCACUUUUGUAGUCCUUUGCUUCUGCUCCUCUUCCGUGGACGAGUGAAUGCCUCGCUUCUGCAGGUUGGGUCUAGGUGGUUCUCACCUUCUUUCUCCUAAAGAGAAAGAUGCUUUUUGGGAAACUGUUUAAACCUUCUUUUUUAACUACAUCAAAAGGGUGGUGGUUCAAAUUCCAAUAUAUGGGUGGCAUUUCUUAAAAAUCAGCUGUAAGAAGCUGGCAGAAAGCCCCCAGCCCUGCAGCCCUGAGAGAUGGUGUUGCCAGCUCAGGGUGGGUGGCACGUGGGGUAUGUCAGGCACUGGGCAGGUCCCAGAGUGGGGGAACAGCUUGCCUCCAGUGGCCAUAACUCCUGCCAGAGGCACAUCUACUUGUGACCCCGGACAGCCAAACCCAAAGCUGGGGGCUCUGAGCAGACAGAGACCUCGUGCCCUGUCCCUGCCUAGCGGUCAUGGAGACCAUGUCCUCUUAGAGCAAGUGUGGAGGAGGCCGGGCAGUUGUUGGGUGAAUGUGGAGGGCACAAUACCAUGCCGUGCCCCCAGAGCACCACUGGGCACAGGAGGUCCUGGCACCACACUCCUGUGUGGCCACUGAGGACACACAGCCUCUAAAGCAGGUUUUCCUGUGGAAGGCAGAGACAGUAAGGGAGGCAGGCGGUGCCAGCUGAGGCUGAGAUGUGCAGCAGCCCCCAGCUCCCUUUGCUUAGGGCUGGGAUGGGAGGCACAGGGUGUUAAGUGUGUGUUGUGGAGCUAGGGGCUAAGUGACCUGCCCUCAAACCCUGCCUGCCACCUCCCCACUCAGGCCUGGUGGCAGGGUGGGACAAGCCAUGGAGCUGACCAAGUCACAGCCACCUCCCUGCCUCCCUCAAAGCUGGUCCCAUCCACCAGCAAGCUCAGCCCCAGGGCACUUAGGCAGAAAUGACCCAGCCUCCUCAGACCCCACCUGCCUGUCCUGUGCCCACCACAGCUCCUAGCCCAAGCCUAUCACGCAGCAGUCAGGGGAGAAAAUGGCAGCUGUCCCUUCUGCUUAGAGAAAGAAAUGGCCUUCAGCUGCUUUCAUAUUUGUCUUUUGACUGGAGAGAGUGGACCCCAUCUAUAGUUGCCACCCUAUCAUCCAAGCCACCACACUGCCUGGAGCAGCCUGUUCCUGCACCCCACCCUGCUGGCCCCAGGGCUUCUGGUCUCAGAGCUCUGGGAGAGGCUCGCCCAGGAGAUGGUCCCCCCCCCCGCCAUUGGUGUCCCCACAGGCAGUAGACAGCUCACCCCCACCAGCAUGAUGGCCCCAGCGGGGGGCAGCAGCAGAAGCCUCACUUUUGCCCACGAGCCCUGCCUCUGAGGGGAGACUGAGGAAGGGCAGGGCCAGGAACAAGCCUUGCCAGGCCACCUCCCUGCUCUUGGGGCCCUGAAGAGUGGGCUAAGCCUGCAGGAAAGCUGGGUGGGAGGAGGGGCUUUGCGUCACACGCAACCCAUUCAUUGUAAAGCCACCCAACUGCCCGAGGCCGCCGUCCACCUGUGGGGCCCAGGACCGGGCCACACCCUCUUGCCUUACUCUCAGUGGAGGCCGGAGCUGCCCUGGGCCAUGGGCCCACAGGGAGCUUGUUCUGACCAGACGUACAGAUUUUCAUUCUCAGAAAGCCUUACUUUUGAACAGAUUUUUUUAGCCAGUUUUGUGAAUUUGUACACUGAAAGAAAACUUAAAGGGGAAGUCCUGUCUGAGCAAGCUUCCCCAGCUGCGGAACCCCUGGCCCCCUGCUGUGGGCUCAGACUUGGUGUCACGCCCACUGCACCCCUGUUUCCACUGCUGUGCCGUCUGUGGCUACGGAGGUGGUCCUUGAAUCAUGGCCACUUCAGAUGCCGGCCGGCCGGCAGGGAGGCAGCAGGCUGGCUGCGCACCGGGGCUCAGGCGCCUGGCCCCACACUGGCAAUGAUGCCGCACCUUGCCAUGCCCACACUGUUGGUCAAACCCCUUUGUCAUGCCUCUUUAAAGAGAAAAGAAGAGAAAGAUUUUUUUUUUUUUAAUGGCAGACCGAAUGGAGAUCUUUUAGCCUAGGUAGGAUAGUCUGACCUUCUAGCAUAGUCUUUUUGGCAAAUGAUUUGUGUUUUCCCACGUGGGGAAGCUGUCCUGGGGGGUCGGGUGACGGAUAGCACAGAGGCUGUCUCUGGGGGUGCAGGAGCUUCCCGAGCUGGACGGUGUCGGUGUUGCAGAGCUUCAGGAAGUGUGGUGGGCAGAAAGCGGAGACCCGGGGUCCAGGGUCUGCCACCCCCUCGGCCUGGCCUCCCCGCACAGGCCGUGGCUUGCACUCCAGCCGCUCUAGUCUCUCAGGAAUUUGCUUGUUACUUUUACUGUGUAAAUAAAGCUUCCUGGUUCAGUCCCCA